GCUAAUAUUUAUUCAUGCUGAUGAGAAGAAGGGAAAAAGAAUAUGUGAAAAAAUUGUAAAUAAAGGAGCAAAAACAGAUGACCGGCAUGAGGAAGUUAUUUACACAAAGUAUAUUCACCGUUCGAUGUGGUGUCAGUUUAAAUACUUUUAACAAUAAUAUAAGAAACAAUUUUCAACAUGGAUUAAAGCUUAAGCGACGCUGCUUUUGUACGCAAACUGAAAAAGACACAAAACCACACUGCAAUGUGGGAACCAUUGGUCAUGUCGAUCAUGGUAAAACCACUUUGACAGCAGCUAUUACAAAGGUAUUAGCGCAAAAAGGUUUAGCAAAUUUUGUUGCCUAUGAUCAAAUUGAUCGUGCGCCGGAGGAAAAAGCAAGAGGAAUUACAAUAAAUGCAUGCCAUAUCGGUUAUAACACUUUAAAGCGUUCCUAUGCACAUACUGACUGCCCUGGACAUGCAGAUUAUAUUAAGAACAUGAUAUCUGGAGCUUCACAAAUGGAUGGCACAAUAUUGGUUGUUGCAGCAACUGAUGGUCAAAUGCCUCAAACUCGUGAACAUUUAUUACUCGCAAAACAGGUUGGCAUAGAAAAAAUUGUGGUAUUUAUAAAUAAAGCAGAUCUAGUAGAUAAUGAAGUCUUGGAGUUAGUAGAAUUAGAAGUGCGUGAACUGCUGACAGAUUUUGGCUUUGAUGGAAUUGCCACACCAGUUGUUUAUGGUUCUGCACUAUUGGCGAUGAAUAAUGACACUUCUGCAUACGGUGUACCUGCAAUUGAACAAUUAUUGGAACAUAUAGACAAUUAUAUACCAACGCCAACACGUGAUAUCACUUCACCCUUCAUACUUCCUAUCGAUAACGCAUUCACAAUGCCCGGUAGAGGUACAGUUGUUGUGGGUACAAUUAAACGUGGUACAAUGGCAAAAAAUGCUGAAGCCGAUUUACUUGGAUUCAAUCAAAAUAUCAAGACUUCAAUUGGGGAUUUACAAAUUUUUCGCAAAAGUGUACCGCAAGGUAUUGCAGGAGAGAAUGUUGGUGCAUUACUUCGUGGAGUCAAAAUAUCAAAUGUAGAACGAGGAAUGCUUCUCUGCGCUACAGGAACUGAAGAUAUAUCAAAUCAUUACGACGCAUCUAUGUAUUUAUUAUCCAGAGCUGAAGGUGGUAGAUUUAGACCUAUGCUUUCGAAAUAUAUACAACAAUUGUUCAGUACUACGUGGAAUGUACCAGCUCGAAUCGAUUUAAUACCUCCAAAUGAAAUGUUGAUGCCUGGCGAACACGGGAAAGUUAGCAUAACAUUGCAUAAAAAAAUGGUCAUGACUCCAGGUCAAGCGUUUACAAUAAGAGAAAAUGAAGCGACAGUAGCGACUGGAAUAAUCGUUAAACGAAAACCAUCUAUAAACCUACCAAGAAAUAAGCUAUCCAAUGUUGUUAUCGAUUAAUUUUUUGUUUGAAUUGAAUAUUG